AUGUCCACUUGUUCACUUGAAAAGGCACUCCCAAUAGAAUGUAUUCACGAAAUAAUUUCUCAUUUAACCGACAGUUCGUCAACUUUAAAUAGUUGUGUGCGCACUAAUCGUCUAUUUGCGCGCCUAUCUGUUCCUCUCCUUUAUAAAAAUCCUUGGAAAUAUUUUGAUAUUGAAGAAGAAGACGGAGAGCUUUAUAAAAAGGAUCUUAAUUCAAAAGGUUCUCUACUUCUUAGAACUUACUUAAAUUGUCUAAAUGAACAGGCAAUUGAGUUUUCGGAGUCAGAAUGUUCAAGUUCCGACACCUACCCUACUACUAUCAUGGACUAUAUUGCAUUUACACGUCACAUUAAUGUUCCUAUUCUAUAUCGCUUUCUUGAAGCGAGAUUUUCUACUACUGUUAUCUGCGUUGAUAGAACCAAAAAAAUUCAGGAAGCUUUGUUGGCUUUAUCUGAUGCUUUGAGUAAGCGUUGUGUUACAGUAGAAGCCUUGGUGACUUGUUGGCAUUCAACACCUGAUAUUUUUACUUCAGUGGUUCAAAGAUUUCCUAAUAUCGCGCAUCUUGAUCUCUUACAAUAUGAAAAUACUAAUGAAACCUUAACGUUUAUUGGAGAAAAUUGUAAAAGGCUUCGCAUAUUUAAGUUUACUGUUCGUAAUUGUUCCCCAAAACUUUUAUCUAAUUUUCUGGAAUCUCAGGAAUAUCUUGAUGAACUUUGUGUUAGGAUUACUAUAGCUCCUAAAAUAUUAUUAGCUGGCUUGUCACCAUUCGUCAUUGCAAAGAUCACUGAUUUAAGAAUUAAUGGAUUACAUAUAGAUCACGCAAUGGAUAAUCUAAUAUUUCAAAAUUUACGAUCUUUAGAUCUUGGUGAUUGUCAUAGCAUGGAUGAAAAAACAUUUAAUGCAUUACAAUUUGGACAAAUGAUAACUGAGAUUAAUCUAUCAGAAACAAAGGUUUCAGAGGAAGCAAUUGUUGCUUUGGCAACUCAUUGUAAACAUAAUCUCAAAAAAUUGAUAAUGUUACCAUGUGGUGCAGCCGAUUCUAUUGAAUUAGGUAUUCGAGCUCUAGCAGCGCAUUGUCCAAAUCUUGAAGAAUUUAGAUUAGACGUAAUUCGAGUUGAGAUUAAAGCCAUUAUGGAUUUAAUUCAAUCAUGUAGAAAAUUAGAAAUUUUAGUUCUUGGAGGAGUAGAUAUACAUAAUGAUGAUUUAUUACUUGAUGAGCUUAUGGAAACAAUUCGAACUUAUAUUAGUGAAUCAAUAAAACAUUUGGACUUGCGCGAAUGGAGUAUUGGUGAAAAAUCAGUUAUUGAUUUGGCUACUGAUUGUCGAAAUUUAGAAAAAAUUAUAUUAAGAUAUUGUCGUUAUGUCAAUGAUAAUUGUAUCGAGACAAUUAGUAAAUAUUUAGCAGAAAAUCUUCGACAUCUUGACGUGGCAAAUUGUCCUUUAGUAAGCUCUAGUGAGAUAGCGGCUGCCGAAGAAAGAUUUUUAAAUUGUCGAAUAAUUCAUGCUUCAAGAUUAUAUACUGAGCAUUAA